GCCGGAAGAACGCAAUAAAAAUCCUCGUUACGUAUCGCCAAAUUGAAACGAGAUCUGCCAGAACAGUAUAAAAGAUGUUGUAAUUUGGCAUUCGAUCGAUAAAAAAUGCUCCUUUCAUUGGUAUUUUUUUAUUGUUUUCUCGUGUUAACAAUCACCGAUCAGACGCAAUAUUUUCCCAGAGAAACGUAUCCGAUUAAUUUCGUUGUCUGUCCAAAUGAUAAAGUUUGUACUUUCAUCGAGCAUUGUUCUGCCAUUUUAAAUUUAAUGAAUCAUAAUCUACUUCCAAUUCAUAGAUUUCGCCAAGCGAUUUGCGGUUACGAACAUACGAGGCCGAAGGUGUGCUGCAAUAUAAAUGAUAAUAACGUGAACACAUUUUUCACGCAAACGGACGACACGUUUUACGCGAGACGGAGUUCUACUUUAAAGUGUGGUAAAAGUUUCGUUCGUGGAAACGUUAAUACUGUAGGAAUGUUCCCUUUUGUUGCAAGAGUUGGAUACAAAAGUAAGGGAGAAGUCUGGAGAUGUUUAUUUGUUUUACAGAUCGAUUUUUACAAUUCUUUUCCAGACAAUGCAGGAAAAAUAACGUAUCCUUGUAACGGUGUAAUUCUGAAUCAACGCACAGUAUUAACUACUGCAAAUUGUGCCAAUAUAAAGUUUAAUGAUUAUAAACUGGAUUCGGUAAUUGUUGGCGAGUUUGAUAUCGAUACUGAUUCUAAUUGCAAUGUACAGAAAAUAAAUAUAUCGUAUGUGAUAAAACAUCCUGAUUACCAAGCUGAAACUUUGGCGAAUAAUAUAGCGAUGUUGCAUUUAAAAGAAUCGAUACAAUAUACUGCGACUGCACAACCUGUCUGCCUUUUACCUAAAAAUAAUUAUAUAGAUGUAGGAAUAAAUGCUAUUCUUGUUGGUUGGGGCAAACUUGCAAAUCGAAAGGUAAAUCCUUGUAAGCAACAAUUUUUGAAAAUGAGGAUUGCAUCGAUAGAAGAAUGCGUGAAUUAUUAUAUUCGAGGAUUAGCCGUUGAAUUGUGUACUUGUGUAGGAGAUGAAAUGCCAUGUUCUGGAUAUAAUGGAAGUCCUCUUUUACUUAGAUACGGCGACUCUCAUUUUUUGUUAGGUGUUUUAUCAUAUAGUUCCAACUGCAAUGUAACCACCAGCUUUCCAUCAGUCUUUGUUAAUGUACAGAAAUACGUAACAUGGAUUCUAGAAAAUUAUUAACUAUUCAUUAAAAGAUUAAUAAUUUAUUUAAUAUUA